UAGAGAGAGAAAAAAUUGGUGGAAAAACCUCCUGUUGGUUGUUAAUGUUCGCGAAAAAGCGAAGCAACCAAGAGGAGGUUGAAGAUUAAAGAAACCGAUAAAGAAAACAAUUUUAUUAUAUGAUCUGAGUUGAAAAUUCAUGAAUAUUUAAAAAAAUUAAUGCUCAAUUAAGGUAUUGAUUAAGGGUGAUUAAUAAUUGAAGGAGUUUAAUUGGUUUUCAUUUAAUUUAUUAAAAAAAUGGCUAUACCAGAAGCCAUGGAAUUUGGGCAUAAUUCUGUUGCAAUUGGGAUAGAAAAGGGGAAGAGUAGCCAACAAGCUGUACAAUGGACAAUUGAUCAAUUUUUGAAGGGUGCAAAAGACUUAAGUGUUAUUCUUGUUCAUGUUAAAACCCAUAAUCAUCACAUUGCUCAGAUGAAUAACGGUGGUUCAAAUGGUUUUGCACCGUCGGAAUCUGAAGUAAAACAAUUGUUCCUUCCUUAUCGUGGAUAUUGUGGUCGGAAAGGGGUGACUGCAUACGAGGUGGUUAUUCAUGAUAUCGAUGUUUCAAGUGCACUUAUUAGUUUCAUUGCCAAAAACAACAUUGGAAAUAUUGUUGUUGGAGCUUCUAAUCACAACGCCAUUACAAGGAGGUUUAAGCAACAAGACGUACCAACAAGUUUAGAAAAAUCAGCACCAGAAUUUUGUUCGGUGUACGUAAUAUACAAAGGGAAAGUACAAUCAAUGCGUGCUUCAAAUGUGUGUCAAGUACCAGCACGAACAAGUUUCAGCUCAAGGUCAUCGUCACGGUCCCAUUCAAGUAUGGGUAGUGGUUUUGAUAGUAAGUCUAGUGGCUCAAGUCAUUCGGAUAGAUCAUCGCAAUCAAGCUUGAGUGGUGGUAUCACUCCAUACAACAACCUUGGCGGCUACGAUAACGCACCCCGGAAGGCACAAGCAGCUCAUCCACACUCGAACGACAGCUAUGAAAAUCCAUCCAGAAAGCAAGGUAUGGGGCAUGCUUCAAUUUCACAUGGUUCAAGUUAUGAUAAUUCUUCAAGGUAUCAAGGAAGUAUGGGCCCACCAUCUCAUCUACACAACAACACUAGUAGUUUCGGUAAUAAUCCGAGAAACUAUAAUAGAGAAAGUAUGAACAAGCCUAGCGAGUAUAAUGAGCAUCAUCCUCGUACAACAACCAAUCCCCAGAGCUACGUUUUUGAGGAGAUAGAUACAGAGAUGAGACAAGUAAAGCUUGAUAUAAAGAAAACAAUGGACCUAUACAAAUCAGUUUGCGACCAAGCUUCACUAGCGAAACAGAAGGCUGAUCAUCUUCAAGGCAGAGAAGAUGACAACAUAGACACAAUAAGACUAGCACGAGAAGCCGCAAUGAUAGUAGCCGAAUUAGAGCGAAAGAAAUGCAAAGCAGCAAUGGACGCAGCGCAAAUGACCGAAAAACUAGUAGAAUUAGAGACACAAAAGCGAAAACUCGCGGAGGAACGAGUAGCUCGACGUGACGGAGACGAUCAAAGGUCAAUCGGAAGCUGUGUGAGCCACCGAGUGUACAACUUUAAAGAAAUUGAAGUUGCAACCAAUAACUUCUCUAAAUCAUUGAAGAUUGGUGAAGGUGGGUAUGGACCCGUGUAUCGUGCUAUCUUACAACAUACUCCUGUUGCUAUCAAGGUUUUGAAGUCCGAUGCAUCACAAGGACUCAAACAAUUCCAACAAGAGAUAGAGGUGCUAGGGCGCAUAAGACAUCCAAACAUGGUACUCCUCCUAGGAGCAUGUCCACAAUAUGGGUGCCUAGUUUACGAAUACAUGGAAAACGGAAGCUUAGAAGACCGACUAUUCCGUAAAAACAACACACCUCCAAUCCCAUGGCGAACUCGAUUCAAGAUCGCAGCCGAGAUGGCAAGUGCACUUCUAUUCUUACACGAAGCAAAACCCGAGCCAUUAGUACAUCGUGACUUGAAACCAGCCAACAUUCUCCUGGACACGAACUACACGAGCAAGAUUGCUGAUGUCGGGCUUGCUCGAUUAGUCCCACCCGCGGUUGCUAAUCAAGUUACACAAUACCAUAUGACAGCUGCUGCAGGCACAUUUUGUUAUAUUGACCCUGAAUAUCAACAAACAGGAAAACUUGGUACAAAAUCAGAUGUUUAUUCUUUAGGAAUCAUUUUGUUGCAAUUACUUACAGCCAAGUCUCCAAUGGCAUUGGCUUAUCAUGUCGAAGAAGCCAUCGAUGAAGGUACAUUUUCAGAUUUGCUUGAUCCUUCUAUUACCGAUUGGCCUGUUGCUGAGGCUUUAUCAAUGGCUAAAUUGGCUCUCCGAUGUAGUGAGCUACGAAAAAAAGAUCGACCCGAUUUGGACUCAAUAAUUUUGCCUGAAUUGGUUCGGUUAAGAGAUUUUUCUGUCAAUUGUUCAUGAUUCUAAUCGGUGGCGAAUCUUAGGCGGAAAGUUAUGGGGAGCCCACAUUAUUAUCUUAACAAAAACAUAUGUAUUCUGCUUUGAUUUCAUAAAUUUUUGGAGGGGUUGGCCAACAGAUCCAUGUUGGCCGACCUUAAGAUCCGCCAUUAAUUUUAAUUAAUAAUUUAAGUUUUCUUUUCUUCUGGGUUUUUGUUUCUCUCAGCGGCAGGUAGAGAGUGUGAUGGUUGUGGCUUGUUAUUAUUUUAACAUGCUGUAGUACCAGAAGCUGUUUCUAAUUAAUGGUUAUUUGUU